AACACGUCAAACGGAGUCCUCUCUGCUCGCCUAAGUUAAUCCUGCCCAGCCAAACUUGGCAUCUCCCAGGGUCGUAUGCACCAAUGGCAGAAGCCGAACCUGAAGCGCCGCCCAUUUCUAGGGAGUCAGAAUCGCCUCGCCAAGAUGCGCUGACAGAUCCGGAGGCUUCGACGCCACAACAGCAGUCGAUCGACGUGGACGAUACCCCAGCAGACGAUGGCUACGUAUCCGAUUCAGGAUCAGGAUCUUCUGUAUCGACUUCAUUGUCUUCCAGCGUGCGCGACUACCGCUUUGAGAACAGUCGCAGGUAUCACAGGUUCAAGGAGGGUCUCUACCAGUUCCCCAACGACACGCCCGAGCAAGAGCGAGAAGAUAUGAAGCAUACCGUCGCAGUCCACCUCUUGGGAGGGAAGCUUCACAAUGCGCCGCUGGAUAAUCCGCAAAGGAUUCUAGAUAUUGGCACGGGAACAGGAAGUUGGGCUAAUGACGCGGGCGACGAAUAUCCGGCCGCCGAAGUCACUGGCAUUGAUCUGAGCCCUAUCCAAUCGCCUUGGGUGCCUCCAAAUGUCAAGUUUCUCGUUGACGAUGCUGAGGCGGAGUGGCUAUACCGACCCGAUUCCCUUGAUCUUAUCCACUUGCGGAACAUGUCCACCGCCAUCAAAGACUGGCCGGCUCUGUUUGCACAAGCGUACAGGACGCUCAAGCCAGGUGGCUGGAUUGAGCUCCCAGAGUUCCGCUGGGUGUACGGAUGCGAUGAUGGAACCAUGCACCCUGAUUAUACGCCACCACAGAUGGUGGCCAACAUCCGGGAUGGGUUGGCUACGUUUGGCAUCGACAUGCACGCCUCCGAAAAAAACGAAGACAGGCUGAGAGACGCAGGCUUUGUAAACGUCCGCCACGAAAUUAAAAAGGUUCCCGUCGGACCGUGGCCUAAGGAUUCCAACCUCAAGAAAAUUGGCCUUUAUAACAGGAGUGUAAUCUACGACGGUCUCCAAGCCAUCACGAUGGGGCCCUUCACGCGUGGCCUUGGUUGGAAGCCUGAGGAGGUCGAAGUCUUUCUUGUCAAGGUGCGGAAGGAUUUGAUGGAUACGUCGGUGCAUUCCUAUGUGCACUUCCACUCUCUGUGUGCGCAGAAGCCUGAGAAUCUGAGCUAAGGAUGCAAACGGUGGUUUAUCUUGUUUCCUGAUAUAGUGACGUACCAAAUGGGGGGGAGCAUGUUAAAGGCGCAACCAAUUUAAGUGAGUCCACGGUAGUCCUAUUAUUUUAGCAUCAAUCUUUACAGAGGGUAAAACGGGAUUAUGAGAUGGCUCGUGGGUGCAUCACGCCUUUACAGCAUACUAUAGGUUGUUUAGCUUCAUUCUAGACCACCGUAUGGAAACAUCUCCAGGACGGCUGUCCGGCGUGACACAAAUGAUAAUUCUUGAAAUUGAACAGUCGGAUCGCCGUCUAACGAGCAUUUCCUGAG